AAUGCGUGCUGCUUUUUGUGGGCAGAACAUGACACGUUCGUGGCGCGGGAUCUUUGUUUUUCCAUAACGUACAAGUUUGAAGAACGAUACGAACACGCAAAAGAACAGGAUUGCACAUUUAACGGGAACGUGAAGCCACACCACAUUUGCACAUUGUCAUCAUUCUUUUCCAUUCAGUACACGUUAACCCGGGUCUGUGACCAGGUUGUCAUCCUUGGACCAUGGCAAUGAGGAGUGAGGCCAGUGUGGAGACCGUGGUGGAAGAGGAAGAAAACUAUGGACCACAGCCUCUGCGCAGACUGGAGCAAAGUGGAGUCAGUGCCAGUGACAUCAAGAAGUUGGAAGACGCUGGUUUCCACACCAUUGAGGCCGUGGCCUAUGCACCUAAAAAGGAGCUUCUCAACAUUAAGGGCAUCAGUGAGGCCAAGGCUGACAAAAUUCUAGCUGAGGCAGCAAAGUUGGUGCCAAUGGGCUUCACCACAGCCACAGAAUUCCACCAGAGGAGAGCAGAAAUCAUUCAGAUCUCAACAGGCUCCAAGGAGCUGGACAAAUUACUCCAGGGUGGGAUUGAGACUGGGUCAAUCACAGAGAUGUUUGGGGAGUUUCGAACAGGGAAGACUCAACUGUGCCACACGCUUGCUGUCACAUGUCAGCUACCUAUCGACCAGGGGGGUGGAGAAGGUAAAGCCAUGUACAUCGACACAGAAGGAACUUUCAGACCAGAGCGGUUACUUGCUGUAGCAGAAAGAUUUGGGCUCGUAGGCAGCGAUGUUUUGGACAAUGUGGCCUACGCCCGGGCUUUUAAUACAGACCACCAGACACAACUACUGUAUCAAGCGUCUGCCAUGAUGACGGAAUCCAGGUACGCUCUGUUGAUCGUGGACAGUGCCACUGCUCUGUACAGAACAGAUUACUCAGGGAGGGGAGAGCUGUCUGCGAGACAAGGACAUCUAGGACGAUUCCUCCGCAUGCUGCUCAGGCUUGCAGAUGAGUUUGGUGUCGCCGUAGUCAUAAGCAACCAGGUUGUGGCACAGGUUGAUGGAGCAGCCAUGUUUUCUGCAGAUCCUAAGAAACCCAUUGGCGGCAACAUUCUUGCUCAUGCCUCCACCACACGACUGUACCUGAGAAAAGGUCGAGGAGAGACGAGGAUCUGUAAAAUCUACGACUCACCGUGUCUGCCAGAGGCUGAAGCGAUGUUUGCCAUCAAUGCCGACGGUGUGGGCGACGCCAAAGACUAAGCGUUACUAACAGCUGAUCAUUGUCUCACGAUUCGGAUGAAGAAAGGGCUGAUGGGAUUGUGAUGCUCCUCAGCCUGACGUGUUGGACAUCAAGACCUUGUGGGAUGUCUCUUUGUAUUCUACAAAUGACAUGAAAAGUUAUAGAUUAUUUGUUAUUUUAUAACAGAACACGGGAGGAUAUCCUCCC